GAACCUUCUUAAGACGUUGCUGAUCGAAGAUGCAUCUCCUGUAGCUCUUCUGGCUCCAAACUACUACAUCGUUUUGCCUUUCUGAGCAUAAACAUCUAUCUGUUUGAAUCUGAUAAAUUACACUCCGAGGCGCGCAACACAUCUAUUUAUAUUCCCUGGAUUCGGCCAAGAUGACAGAUCCAAGUCCCAUCGCGACCUCCAAUCUCGCACCGGGAGAAUCCCCAGGCGGAACCACGAUCAUUGUAGACGUGCCACCUACCAUUAGGACCGCAAUGUCCCUGCGCUCUCCUAUCAAAUACAAUCCCAAACUGCCAUCUUCUACAUCUUUCACCGCACCACCUCUCGAAUGGCUCCAGGGGACUUGGUCUGUAACCCAUUCUACACUACCCAUGUGGCGCAAAGCAAAAAACGUCCGCAUAACCUACAAGAUCAUCCCUAGUACCAAUCCAUCCUCUCCAACUCUGCUAGAUGAUGAGGUAAGAUCCGAACCGAUACAGUGGAGCUUACUUCCGCAACCAAAGAGUAUUAGGGGAAUAGAUACUCCAGAUGGAGAGGGGUCAUGGAAUUGGAGAGGGAAGGGAUGGUUGAAGAUUGCCAGCAGCCACUGGGAGCUUUUAGGCUGGGGUGAAAGAGGAGACGAGAAAUGGGCUGUUACGUGGUUUGCACCAAGUCUGUUCACUCCUGCGGGCUUGGAUAUAUACAGUAGUAGGAAAGAGGGUAUGAGUGAGGUGCUCUACAAGGACAUAUUGCAGGCGUUAGAGAGGUUGGAGGCGAAAGAGGUGGCGGAUUUGGCAAAGGCGGAAAUGAAGGAGGUGAAGAUUGACUAUUGAAUGUUCAAGAGAGAGUCCAAGAGAAUGAGGUGUGGAGGGAGGAU